AUGAUCCGGCUCCUUCUCGCCGUACACCCUCGCAUUCCCAACAUCCGAGUCCACAAACCCACCAUGUCAACAGCUUCCAGCGACCCAGCGACAAAAGCAGCACCCACAUCAGGCCCAUCACACUCACCUUUCUUCCGCGGGAACAUCGGUCCGCCCCUGCGCACCUUCACCGACGCGGCAGCAGCCCCAGCCGCCCACGUCCGGAUCCUACCCGCAAUCCAGCACGACCACCGCGAGCUAUCCUCACACAGCCACAAGAUCCUGACCUCAACAAACCCGGACGAGCAAACGCGCUACCAGAACCAGUUCAUCUGGGAACUGGCGCGGCACACAAUCGGCGAGGAGCUGGUCGUCUACCCGGCCAUCGCCAAGCACGUCCAGGACGGGCCGGACAUCGCGGCCAAGAACCGACACGAGCACCAGAGUAUCAAGGAGCAGCUCAAGACGUUUCAGGAACUGCCGUCUACGGAUCCGCGCUUUGUGCCGACCCUGCAGUCGCUGAUGCGCGACCUUGAUCGCCAUAUUCGGCAGGAGGAGAAUGAGGAUCUUGGGCUGCUGGAGGAGGCCCUCUCGCAGGCGGAUAGUGAGGCCUUGUCUCGCUCGUUCGAGCGGACUAAGAUGUUUUUGCCGUCUAGGUCUCAUCCGCUGGCUCCUAGUAAACCGCCCUUUGAAACUGCUGUCGGGUUGCUUACUGCGCCCAUGGAUCUGGUGUCUGAUAUCUUUCGGAAGUGGCCGCAUGUGCAGGAUGAUAAGAAAAAGAAUAAAUAG